AUGUGCCCUAAUGGCGGCGGCGAGCCGAAGGGCAAAGUGGCUGACGAGAUCAACGCCUCCUUUGGCAGCUUCGCGAAGUUUAAGGAGGAGUUCUCAAAUGUGGCUAUUGGUCACUUUGGCUCUGGCUGGGCGUGGCUUGUGAAGGACACAGCCUCCGGCAAACUGAAGGUCUACCAGACGCACGACGCGGGUUGCCCACUGACGGAGCCCACCUUGAAGCCGCUCCUCGCGUGCGAUGUGUGGGAGCAUGCGUACUACCUUGACUACAAGAACGACCGUGCGGCGUACGUGCAGACCUUUUGGAACGUUGUCAACUGGAAGCACGUGGAAAAGUGCCUCUGGAGGAGUGAAGUUGUGUGUUUGCGCAGUGAUUUGUAA